GGCUCCGAGAGUGAGAGUGCAGGCCGGAUGGGAAGCGGGUCCGAGCGGCAUGUGGCCCGGGAGAGCUGCCCGCGCCAGCCCUGAGGAGCCCAGGGAGCUCGGGCGCUUCUCUCGGUCUCCCCGCCGCUCGCUGGCCGGGCUAUGAGACACCAUGGGCUGGUGUGACCCCGGCGUACAGAUGCUCUUCACCAUCAUGGGCGCUUUCGCUGCUUUCAGCCUGAUGAGUAUAGCGAUCGGCACGGAUUACUGGCUGCACUCCCGGGCUUACAUCUGCAACGGAACUAACGGCACCAGCGACGAGAACCAAGUGAAGAAGGACAAAGGCUCGAUGAUUCACUCGGGGCUGUGGAGGGUUUGUUGUGUCGAAGGACUUCAAAGAGGAAAUUGCUUCAGAAUCAAUUACUUUCCAGAAGAUGAUGAUUAUGACCAGGAGGGAUCAGAAUACCUUUUACGCAUUGUCCGUGCUUCCAGUUUAUUUCCGAUUCUCAGUGCUAUCCUGCUGCUCCUGGCUGGUCUGUGUGUUGGAGCUGGCAAAUUGUACAGCAGCAAAACCAACAUUAUCCUUAGUGCAGGCAUCCUCUUCGUAGCAGCAGGGCUGAGUAACAUUAUUGGGAUAAUCGUGUAUAUAUCCAGCAACACGGGUGACCCCUGGGAUAAAAACGAUGACGAGAAGAAGAGUUUGUAUUCUUAUGGCUGGUCUUUCUAUUUUGGGGCGCUGUCCUUUAUUGUGGCAGAGAUGGCUGGAGUGCUAUCUGUCAGUAUUUACAUUGACAAGAACAAAGUGGUGCGGAGCAGGUCCCACCGGGACUACUUAAAGACUUCCUCCUCGCCUUACGCCAGGAUGUCCAGCUACAGGUAUCGCCAGCGCCGGAGAUCAGCCUGCAGCUCCAGGUCUGAGGAACCUUCCCCUGCACGGGAGCUGUCCUCAGCCGCCGGUAUGAAGAUAGUGAGCAGCGUGGUGCCCCUCACCGAGAUCUCCAUGUACUCCUUGUCCAGAGAGGCGGCCAAGGGACCUACCAGGGCCAGCUACCAGCCAGAGGAGGAGGAGAGCUUCCUCCAGGUCCAUAACUGUUUCCAGAAGGAGCUGCAGGAAGACCUGGUCGCCAACAUCAUGAACAGGCGAACGACACCAGUCUGAGCUCUCACCUUCCCUGACCCCGUGCCCCACACACCGUCACCUCCCCCUCCAGGCCUUCUCCCCCCAGCUCCCAUGGCCUCCUCCAUCUCCCCUCCCGUCUACUCUCACUCCUCCAACUCCCAGCCACUCUCCAGCUCCCAUCCUCUCCCCCUCCCCCACUGUCCACUUCCCACUCCCCAGCUCCCACCCUCUUCCCCUCCCCCACUGUCCACUUCCCACUCCCC